GGCGCGAUGCGCGAGAGAUGAGAAGAGAAGAGUUAGAGGGAGGGGCGAUUCCAACAAACGCUGCCGGACUUCGGAGUAGUUGUUAAUGUAGUAUAUGUGUGACAACGGGAUUGACAACAUGGAUACGUCUGACUUAGGAGGAGGUAUAAAUUGUACACCUCCAGCGAUAGAAGACUUUCCACACGACCUUUUCGACGAGAAACAGAGGCAGGGCGGAGCUGUCGUCGUGCACGUAAUCGUUUCGCUUUACCUGUUUAUCGCGUUAGCGGUAGUGUGUGAUAAAUUCUUCGUUCCCGCAGUAGAAAAGAUAUGUCACGCACUUUCAAUGUCCAAGGACGUGGCAGGUGCUACCUUUAUGGCCGCAGCAACGUCGGCGCCGGAACUGUUCGUAAACGCAAUCGGCACGUUCAUCACCGAAGGUGACAUCGGUGUCGGAACAAUAGUAGGCUCGGCUGUAUUCAAUAUUCUCGCGGUACCGGCUUGCUGCGGUAUAGGUGCUGGGAUGGUAGUUCCUCUUGACUGGUGGCCAGUUAGCAGAGACUGCCUCGCUUACGGCGUUACGGUUGCCAUUCUGAUAUGUAUCAUACACGACGAACGAGUAGAAUGGUACGAAGCGUUAACGCUAGUGUUAUUGUACAUCGUAUACAUCGCCGUCAUGUAUUGGGACAAAUCGUUUCAGCGAUGCACGCGAUUCCGUACGCAUAAUGCUGAUCGAUCGUCAACGGAUGAUCACCGACACGCGACAGAAGGCAGCACGGAAAUUCACAUGGCAAGAUCCGACAAAGUACAAUCGGCCGUUGAACAAACUGAACAUAUAGAUCUACCAUUGCAAAAUGGAGGAACGAAACCUCAAGAAGAGAAUCCUGACCCUAAUUAUGAAUACGAAUUAUUGGUUUGGCCGACACGAGCUGGGUGGAUAAGAAAAACAGCAUGGAUUAUGACUUGGCCGAUUCAUUUAGUUUUCAUGUGUACUAUUCCGGAUUGUGAAAAGCCACGAUUCAAGAAUUGGUUUCCGAUAACGUUCCUUAUGUGCAUCAUUUGGAUUGGAUCGUUGAGCUAUGUGGUCGCAUGGAUGAUCACUAUAAUUGGAGACACUCUGAAAAUACCGGAUUCCGUGAUGGGCAUUACUUUCCUGGCUGCUGGUACCAGCGUACCAGAGGCUGUAUCAAGCGUAAUAGUAGCAAAGCAAGGACACGGCUCGAUGGGUAUUAGCAACUCGAUCGGAUCAAACACUUUCGACAUAUUGUUGUGUUUGGGUCUACCGUGGCUAAUUAAAUCUUCGUUUUCACCGACACAACCAGGAAAACAUUACAUCAGUAUAAAUUCUGGUGGACUCGAGUACAGUGCCAUAUCGCUGUUAUCGACACUAAUGUUACUCUACAUUGCUUUUGCUUCGAAUAAGUUUCAGCUUGAUAGAAAAGUUGGUCGAGCCUGUUUAUGUAUGUAUGCGGUAUUUUUGAUAUUAGCCUCGUUGAUAGAACUCAAUGUAUUCUUCAGGGUAAACUUGCCCACGUGCCAGAGGACGGUCAAGUGAUCCGAAAUCGAAAGUAGAGUUGCUUAAUGAUAUUUCAUACGGUGUUUACUCUGAUCCUCGUACGUUCUUCCGAACUUACGAAAAACAUUGUGAACCGAAGAACGCUGUUUUACAUUAUACGAAACUAUUUCUUCUCCCGUCUCGUUUUUCGACGAGAUCGUCCUUCACCCCGAGGCUCCGUUACUCCAUGGCAUUCUUUCCUUCGUAAUCCAUCCACAAUGCCUUCUCCCCCAUUUCUCUCUCUUUCUCAUCCCUCUCUCUUUUUCUCUCUUUUUCUUUUUCGCCCUUUUUCUGUCCUUUUUUUCAUAUCAAAUCAUCACAUACUCGAUCACCCUUUGACUUCUCUAUUGCGAUCAAAUUUUAUCGUUUCCAUCUCUCCAACUCUUUCUCUCGCGCUAUCGUCUAAUUAUUCCGCUUACCACGAACAACAUGUAAUUUCUAACGUGAUUUAGGGAUAUAAACAGUAAACGGAAAAAAGAAGAAAACAAGGAAAUUUCGUCCUCUGGUAAAAGAAUAAGAAAGAGUUUGUCAUUUAUGCGAGUGCAGGAUCUGAACGUUGAAGCGUACUCACGUAUUCGUAAUGAUAGAAAAUGUUGGUAACAAUGAUUAAACGAGUAAAUGGAAUUAGGAAACAAAAUAUUGUUAAAAUAAUAAAUAAUAAUAAGGCCGUAAUAAGAUGUCGGUGAAAAGAAUUGGAUUACAAAGAAAAGCGAAAGAAGCUAAAGACAAACGAAGAUUAAGAAAUCAACAAAAGUACGAAGUAUACAUAACGAACACGUAUGUAACAUCGUAUAUAUGUAUAUUCAUAUAUAUACACACAUAUAUAUAUAUAUGAAUGAAGUAUGCAUAUGUUCGUGCAUGCGUGCGUGCGUGCGCGCGUGUGUGUGUGUGAGUGUGUAAUGUAUGUAUGUAUGUAUGUAUAUAAUAUAUGUAUAUACAGUAGACCGAUAGCGUAGAAAAGACUGCCGCUUUUAUAAAUGUUUCAUUUCGAGAAAAACAGCACAUACAUCAAACGAAUAUGAAUACGUAUAUUGGGUAGCUAGUACGUCCGAUUAAAUAAAGUUUCGAUAAUCGGUUAUCAUUGCGGAACACCAUGACAAUCGGUUAUCGGAACGGGGGAAUUACGAAAGUUUCGAUAAUUGCGCGCCAAGAUUGACAUCACGUUUAUUUGAUAAAAUACAUUGACAUGUACUGAAAUUCGCCGCAGGGUGUAUAUUUAAGUAAUCUAAGAACUUAACGAGAUUAAUAAAGUACUGUAAUAAGUUAUUAAAAAGAGA